CCCUUUUACACUAGAUAAAAAAGUUUAGUCAACAUCAUAUUAAAAUUUACUGGUAUGUUUACCUUGAGCUAAAUUAGCAUCUAGCUAUCAGACGUUGAGAUGGCAGCCUCCAUUCCUGGCCAAAUUUCUGCUCCGAUUCUAAGCCAGAAGCAACGGAAAGCUGCUCAGCGCAAAGAGAGGAGACGGAGGAAACGUCAAGCUGUCGCCCAAUCCAAAGAGCCCGAUGUUCAGGGUGAAGCAGAAGAAGAAUCCAUAGGUGAUGAGGAAGACGGUGAGGAUAAUGACUGUGCUGAGGAAGAAAGACUGCGGUUGCAUGAGGAAUGGCUGGAAAGAGAGAGACUGGCCCAGGAGGAGUUUAGGUUAAGGAUGGAGAGGGAGGAAACUGCACGCAAACGAAAAGAAGAAGAAGAGAGGAUGAUAAAGGAGGAAUGGGAGGCCCAGCAGAGGAGAGAACAAGAGGAGAAGGAGCAGAGGCUUCAGGAGAGGCGGGACAGAGAGGAAGCUGUUCAGAAAAUGCUGGAUGAAGCAGAAAAUCAGCUUGAGCAUAAAGGACCGUGGAUGAAUCCUGAGGCUCCUGUGACCACGAACUCAGAGAACUAUGGAACAGAGCGGGAUGUCGCCAACUGUCCUUUCUUCCUGAAGACUGGAGCUUGUCGAUUUGGAGAAAGGUGUUCUCGGAAGCACGUCUACCCCACAUCCAGCCCGACUCUCAUGAUCCGUGGCAUGUUUAUGACCUUUGGGAUGGAGGAAUUGCGGCGAGACGAUUAUGACAUGGAUGCUUGUUUAGAGCACAGUGAGGAGGACCUGCACGACUCUUUCCUUGAGUUUUACCAUGACGUUCUCCCUGAGUUUAAGAGUGUUGGCAAGGUGGUCCAGUUCAAGGUCUGCUGCAACUACGAGCCACACCUGAAAGGCAACGUUUAUAUUCAGUUUGAGACUGAUGAUCAGUGCAAGGAGGCCUUAAUGAAGUUUAAUGGGAGGUGGUAUGCAGGCAGACAGCUUCAGUGUGAGAUAUCUCCUGUUACACGUUGGAAGAAUGCUAUAUGUGGUCUGUUUGACAGACGCAAAUGUCCUAAAGGGAAACACUGUAACUUCCUGCAUGUUUUUCGAAACCCUGGCAAUGAAUUCUGGGAGGCAGACAGAGAUCUGCAUCUCUCUCCUGACCGAAGUCUCCAGGCCAGUCGCAGAGACGGUUGGUACUCGGAGCGAUCAAGAGAGCGCUCGUCUAGGUACAGCCGCUACAGCAGAAGUCCGGUCCGAUCGGAGAGGUCUCGCAGCAGACGGGAAAAUGACAGGCACAGAAGCAGGAGCAGGAGCCGGGAGGUUAGGAGCCCCCACAGAGACAAAGGAUCUUCCAGAUCUCGGCACAGAGACAAGGGGGUGGACAGAUAUCGGAGCAGAAGCAGAGAGAGGAGGAGGAGGAGCAGAAGUAGAGACAGGGAGUCUAAAUUUAAGGAUAAAAGUGAGGAGAGAGACUGUGGAGAUGAAAAGUCACGAAGUACAAGCAGAGAGAGGAAAAGGAGGAAGCGAAGUAGAGACAGGAGCUCAAAGAAACCAGAUAAAAGUAAGAAAUCUACUACAGAAGAGAAUUCACCCAGCCACCAAAAACGCUCUAAAAAAAGGAAGAAGAGCAAGAAGAAGCACAAGAGGAAAAGCCCGAAGUCUGAUUCAUCUGGAGAGUCCAACAGGGAGAACAAGUCAGACGGAGAGGCCGUGGAUCCUCCUUCAACACAAAGUUCUAGUGAAGACAUCAAUGAAAUGGAGAAAACUCUGGAGAAAUCUGUUCAUGAGAAGGAUUUCAGUUUACAGACGAACGUUGAAAGUGAACCGGCUAGAAACGGCCACACUUGUGAAUGAUUCUUCUUUUUUCCCCCCUGUAUUAACCUUCAUUAUGGCAUUGUUUUAGUCAUCCAUUGAACAUCAAUAUGGGAAAAUAAAUUUCUUUCUCAAUCUGUAAAGCUCUUUCCACAAUAGAUCUGUUGAGACACUGAGGAGUUUCAAAUAAAUGACAAAAACAA